CCGUUGGGAGGCUCCCAAAGCUCUCUGGCCUGUGUUCCCUGGGGCCCUGGCCCAGGGAGGAUGGUGCACACAUGGGUGGCUGUUUCUGCAUCCCCGGGGAGCGGAGUCUGCCCUGGAGCUCAGGUAAAGAAGGUCCUUCCAAGGAGCCAAUCAUAUCAAGUGAGGGUUUAUCCUCAUCCGAACACAAAGAAAAAUGCUUCCUGCCACAGAACGUGACACCAGAUCUGACGCUCUCCUUCUGUGUGAGGAGCCGCUCCAGGAAGUGUGUAAACGGACCCUUGCAGGAAUCUGCCCGGAAGCGGCUCUGGGCGCUGGAGAACCAGGACCAGGACGUGCGGGCGUUGUUUAAGGACCUUUCAGCAAGGUUGGUGAGUAUCCAGUCCCAGAAGGCCCAGUUCAUCAUCACCUUCAAGACCAUGGAAGAAAUCUGGAAAUUCUCCACCUACCUGAAUUUAGGCUAUGUGUCCACUUGUUUGGAGCACCUUCUCUUUGACCACAAGUACUGGCUCAACUACAGAUUGGUGGAGGACACAGAGAUCCAAGUGACUGUAGAUGAUGAGCACCUGGAAACCAUGUACCUGAGUCUCCUGAUACAGGAAGGCCACUUCUUCUGCAGAGCCCUGUGCUCCUUGGCUCAGCCAGCUGAGAAGGAAGGGGAGUGUUUGACACUUUGCAAGAAUGAGUUAAUUUCUGUGAAGAUCUCUGAAGGUGAAUCUGAGUGGGAAGGUGUGUCCUUGGUGACUGGUCAGCGGGGCCUGGUGCCUUCAUCAGUCCUGGAGCCUCUGCCUGUCCCUUUUCAUCAAUGGUUCCUAAAGAAUUAUCCAGGAAGCUGUGGUCUUUCCAGGAAGAGGGAUUGGACAGGCUCCUAUCAGAUCGGCAGAGGACGAUGCAAGGCCUCAAAUGAUUAUGAACGGAAAGAAAAGGAUGAACUGAGUUUCUGCCAGGGAGAAAGCAUCGAGAUUGUGGGUUUCAUCAUCCCUGGGCUUCAGUGGUUCAUUGGGAAGUCAGUGAGCUCAGGGGAAGUGGGCUUUGUCCCCACCAGGAGCAUAGAUCCUGAUUCCUGCUCUCCAAUGAGCAAGACCUCUGCAUUUUUCAGUGAUGAGGAAAGGUACUCUCUGUGGACCUUGGGAAGUGACAAGAAAGCUGAGUAUGCCAGCUUCCUCCACACGCUGGCUCAAACUGACAUCACGUCUGUCUACAGGCUUAGUGGAUUUGAAUCCAUCCAGAAUCUUCCAAAUGAUUUAAGCGCAUCCCAGCCUGAAGGCUUCAAUGAGGUCAGGCCUGGUGGAGCCUGGGAGGAGCGACAGGUCGUGGACUCCAGACAGUCCAGCAGCUCCGGGGACUCCCACCUGGAGGAGGAGGAGCUCCUCUCAGCCGCCUCGGACAGCUAUCACCUCCCAGAACCUGAUGACCUUGAUGACCCGGAACUGUUCAUGGAUCUAAACACUGAUCAGGAUGAGGAGGAGGCUGAUAAUUUUGGCUCCAUAUUGGCUUUCCUGGAUCAUGAGGGUUAUACUGACAACUUUAAGAGCCUGUAUGAUUUCUCCUUCUCUUUCCUUACUUCUUCGUUUUACAACUUCUCUGAGGAGGAUGAGCUUGUGGCCUAUCUGGAGGCCUCGAGGAAGUGGGCCAAGAAGAGCCAUAUGACCUGGGCGCAUGCCCGACUCUGCUUCCUCCUGGGCCGGCUGAGUGUCAGGAAAGUCAAGCUCUCCCAGGCCAGGGUGUACUUUGAGGAGGCCAUUCACAUUCUCAAUGGAGCCUUUGAAGACCUAUCUUUGGUGGCUUCUCUGUACAUCCACUUGGCUGCCAUCUAUCUGAGACAGAGGCUGAUGCAUAAAGGCCCAGCCCUGCUGGAAAAGGCAGGUGCUCUGCUGGCUUGCCUGCCAGACCGUGAGUCCAGUGCCAAGAGUGAGCUUGAUGUGGUGGCCUAUGUGCUGCGCCAAGGGAUUGUGAUGGGCAGCAGCCCCCUGGAGGCCAGGGCCUGCUUUCUGGCCAUCAGACUGUUCCUGAGGCUAGGCCGGCAUGAGGAGGUCCUGCCCUUUGCUGAGCGCCUGCAGCUCUUGUCUGGACACCCUCCUCCUUCAGAUGUUAUGGCCACCAUCUUGAGUUUUCUCUAUGACAAGAAGUAUCUUCCACAUCUUGCAGUGGCCUCUGUCCAGCAACGUGGUUCCCUGAAUGCCCAGGGGGUGUCUUUUCCAAUUUGGCAGGUCUACUUGGUCCUCCAGAAUACCCCCAAGCUCCUUGGCAUUUGCUCCUCAAGCUUGGGUGAAGUUUCUGCCCUGGCCUGCCCGACACUCAGGCAGGCGCUGGUUGCCUGUGAGGAACACGCUGACUGGAGCACCCAGAGGGCUCUGUGCCUCAUCCUGUCCAAAAUGCACCUCCAACACAGGUCUCCUGAUGGUGCCAUCCACUACCUGAGCCAAGCUUUGAUGUUGGGGCAGCUGCUGGGUGAGCCAGAAGUCUUUGAGUCUUCCCUCUGUCUGGCAUGGGCCUAUCUCUUAGCCAGACAGGCGAAGAAGGCUCUGGACAUUCUUGAGCCACUAUUAUGUUCCCUGAAGGAGACAGAAAGUAUUGCCCAAAGGGGAGUGGUCCAUAACCUCCUGGGGCUAGCCCUUCUAGAUGAAGGCUGUGUGAGCAGAGCUGCUGUGAACUAUCUCCAGGCCUUGAAUAGAGCUUGGGAGAUGGGAGAUGUACGUAACCAGGCAGUGAUUAUGGCCAAUCUUGGUCAUCUGACCCUUAAGUCCUGGGCUCCACAGCCAGCCAGGGACUUUCUUCUACAGGCAGUCCAACUCUAUUCUGAACUCCAAACCUGCAAGGAGACGGACAUGGAAUUAGUACAGGUGCUUCUCUGGUUGGCUCAAGUGCUGGUUUCUGAACGCCAGCUGACCCACGGUCGCCUUUGUUAUGAAAUGGCAUUGCUGUUUGGCUUAAGGCAUCAACAUCUGAAGAGUCAGCUUCAGGUCACCAAAUGCCUCUGCCAUUUCUACAGCUCUGUGUCCCCAAAUCCUGAGGCAUGCAUCAUGUACCACGAGCGCUGGCUGACCCUUGCUCAGCAACUCAGGGACAGGGAGAUGGAAGGGAGACUGCUGGAGUCCCUUGGGCAACUCUAUCGAAACUUAAACACUGCUAGGUCCCUCAGGAGGUCGCUCACCUGCAUCAAGGAGAGCCUGCGCAUAUUCAUCGACCUGGGGGAGACAGACAAGGCUGCUGAGGCCUGGCUGGGGGCCGGGCGACUCCACUACCUCAUGCAGGAGGACGAGCUGGUGGAGCUGUACCUGCAGGCAGCCAUUCAGACAGCUUUGAAGUCAGAGGAGCCCUCCCUGGCCCUCAAACUGUACGAAGAAGCUGGCGACGUGUUCUUCAAUGGGACCCGUCACCGGCACCGCGCGGUGGAGUAUUAUCGGGUUGGGGCUGUUCCUUUAGCAAGGAGGAUGAAGGCGCUGAGAACUGAGCUCCGGAUUUUCAACAAGCUGACAGAGCUGCAAAUCAGCCUUCAGGGCUAUGAGAAGGCUUUGGAAUUUGCCACGCUGGCUGCCAGGCUGAGCUUAGUCACAGUCUUCCAAUCCCUAGGAGAUCAGAAGCAGGAGCUGGUGGCCUUUCACCGCCUAGCUACUGUGUACUACGCACUGCACAUGUACGAGAUGGCCGAGGACUGCUACCUAAAGACUCUGUCCCUUUGCCCACCAUGGCUGCAGAGUCCCAAGGAGGCACUGUACUAUGCUAAGGUGUAUUGUCGCCUGGGCCAACUCACCUUCUACCAGCUGAAGGAUACCCAUGAUGCCAUUGAGUACUUCCUGUUGGCCUUGGCAGCCGCAGUCCUGCUUGGUGAUGAAGAACUGCAGGACACCAUUAGGAACAGACUGGACAGUAUCUGCCAAAGCCCCUUGUGGCAGAGUAGUCCCUUGGGGUGCUCCUCAGAGAGGGCAUGGUGGCUGAGUGGCAGGGGUCUGGCCCUCUGAGGAGAGCUGUCCUAUCUCUGACCAGUUGGUAUGGUCAGUUGCUGCCUCCUUGGCCUGGGCUCCUAAGUCCUAAUCAGAAGGGUCUGGAUCAUCACCUGGCCUAGCCCCCUCAUUUUACAAUGAGAAGAGUGAAGCCCAGAGGGAGAGAGAAUCAUUCGGGGCCACCCAAGGAGCUGAUGAUGGAGCUGCAGCGAGAAGUCCUGGCUCAGGGAUUUGCUCGGGAAACUUCUCCAGGCGACUGUGGCCCUACCACACAACCUCUGAAAUAUACUUUCUUGACACAGGAUUCUGGAGAAAAUGAGAAACUUGUCCCCUGGGAACCUUCCUUCCUUCCCCUUUUUUUGACUUAAAAUCAGGUACCACGCUGGUGAAAAGACAAACAGAUUGGAGUAUGUAUUCUUCACUAGUUUUCUCAGGGACAGAUCCUGUCACUUAACAGUGGAGGAACCCACAGUUUCCUCUCCUUCUUCAAAACCAAAGGAGGUGCCACUCUGCAGUCUUGUGGGGACUGGCAGGAGAGAAUUCACCGUGCUCUUAUCUUGGAACGGCCAGGUCAAGCACACAGUGGGUGAGAUCUGACUGGAAUUCACUAACUAUCCUUCUCUGAGUCUGUACUUCCACAUAACAUCCCAGAAAUCCCCACAAAACUUUCAAAGGCCAAAUCUUGAAAAAUGAGCAUUAAGAAAAUUAUCACAUAAACUAUUUGUAAAUAGUGUACAUCGUUACAUAUUGACCAUUUAUAUUUACACACAUAUUUUGUCUCCUUUGUGGUGGGCACAAAUGAAAUGGGUUGAAGGAUGGGCUAAACACCAAGGUGCUAUACUGAUUUCAGGGUAGCCCCUUCACAAAGCAACUCUAUCAAUUAUCUGUAAAAUACCGAGUGCUGUGAAACAGCAUUUAUUUAUCAUCUCUCAGUUUCCGUGGAGCAGAAAUCAAAGUGUGACUUAAAAAUGGUUCAGGGUACCUCAGGGUGGCUCACAGGCUGCAGUCAGGGUGUCAGCUGGGGCUGCUACUGUCAUGAGUUAAGCAUCUGUUUCCAAGUGCACUGGCAUAGCUGUUGGCUGGAGCCCAUUCCUCACUGACUGCCCACAGUCACUUGCCACGUGGGUUUAUCCAUGCAGAAGUUCACAACAUGGCAGCUUGCUUCCUCAGAGUAAGUAAGGGAGAAAAACAGGAGGGAGAGUGAGAGAGAGAACCAAGUCGCAGUCUUUUCAUGACCUAAUUAGAGAACUGACAUCCCUUUAGUUUUGCCUAUGUAUUCAUUACAAGUGAGUAACUAAGAUCAACCAGCCCACAUAAAGGGAGACAGUUACCAACGGCAUGAACACCAGGAUGUAGGGAAUCACUGGGGAUCAUUUCAGGAGCUGCCUACCAUACUAUCUGAGUUUUUUUUUUUUUUUCUUUGAGGGAGUUCUGGGGAUUAAACACAGGGGUGCUUUACUGCUGAGCUAUAUUCCCAGUCUGUUUUACUUUUUUUAUUUUGAGACAGGAACU